GCGGCCUGGCCAUUGCAUCACCCUCCUCUCCUAUCCUCUUCUCCCUCUCGUUCUUCCUCCCCCGUCCAUCUCGCCCCCUCCACCGCCAACCCUCCGUUUCUUCUCUUCUCCUUCUCCUGGCCGUGGUCAUUCUCUUCAUCUUCAAUUGUAUUAUUUAAUUUCCGUUCCCCCGGGCUUCCCCUGAAUCGUUGUCUCGCCCCGGCGCUUUCCUGCUUAUCUUUUCGACCCGAAAAUCCUCCAGACCUCCCGAAACGCACACACAACAACAACAACACAAUCUUCGCCAUGGCUGACGUGACCUAUCCCGACACAAACGGCCACAGUGCUCUUGCAAAAGGCCCCAUUGCCGAUAACAUCAAAUCCGAGGCAUCCCGCACCGGUCAAGAAUUCCGCGACUUGAGGAAUGCCACUCCCUCAUCCACCACUGCGACCGGCCAACCCCUGACCUACUACCACUCUUUGCUGUACGGCCUUCUGAGCUGGGAGCAACCCCGAGCCACCGCCGUCUCCUUCGCGAGUGUCGUUACAUUUAUCUUCGCCGCCCGUUAUCUCCCUCUCCUCCGUUGGUUCUUUAAGUUCAUCUAUGUCGUUCUGGGGUUCACUGCUAUUGUUGAGGUCGGCGGCAGACUUGCUCUGUCACAGAGUGUCGUAAGCUCAUUCCGGCCUCGCAAGUACUACACCGUGCCCAAGGAGACGAUCGAGGCUGUGUUGGAGGACCUGGAGCAACUCAUCGACUUUGUUCUUAUCGAGUUCCAGCGUGUUCUGUUCGCCGAGAACAUCGUCCACACUAUCGCUUCUUUCUUCGCCGCAUUCACCGCCUACUGGCUGAUCAAGUUCCUUCCGUUCUGGGGACUGUCCCUGAUUGCCGUUACUAUCGCGUACAUGGGACCCCUGGUCUACAUCAACAACCGUGAAGUCAUUGAUGCACACAUUGAGCACGCGCAGGAGGUUGUCAACGCUCAGGCCCACCAGCUGAAGGAUCUCGCUGAGGAGCGCACUGCCCAUGCCACGGGUGUUGUGCGGCAGUACGUUGGCGACUACAGCGCCAAGGCCCAGGGAUACAUGCGUCGUUCUGCAACCCCCGAGGUGGCCCGGGCCCCCAGCCCUGUCAUCAAGAAGGAGCCUGAGGUCGAGCCUGAGAUCAAGACUUCGGACUUCCCCGAGGCACCUAAGGAGGAACCCGCGGUCGCCAAGGAAGAGCCCGUUGUGGAUUCCAUUGAGCAGCCUGCCGAGCAGGUGAAGGCGGAGCCUCUUGUUGCGCUUUAAGAAACUUGGCUCGUUCAUUCUGGCUGGUUAUCAGUGGGGAGUCACGAACUUGCUGGUCUUUGGGGCAUUGUGAGGUGAGCGCGGGGGAUUUAAAUUGGUAGCUGGGGCAUAUAGUAUGUAUUGGUUUGGUGUACGAGA